CCUAAUCCAUGGAUUCCCUGGAGGAGGCGGGAAAUCCGAGCAUAAAUUCUUAGAAGCAAACAACUUGUAUUCAUCCAAACCUUCAAUGGAUUCCGACUCGGAUGGAUCAUAUGUAUCAGACACACCGCCGUCAACUCCAAAGCAAAAGCAACAUCCACCGGCGACAGAGCCGGCUCCGGCUCCGGCUCCAGCACAUUUUCUUCUCUCGUGCACUAAAUUUCGAAGUAAACUCAAACCUUCUGCCACAUCUUCCCGCCCAAUUCUAAGACCCAAGCGAUCUGGCAAACCGAAAGGGCCACCCACGAACCCAACUACGGAAACCCUACGCGCAGAUUCCUCGCCGGACCCGACUCGGCUUCCGGACAUCUCCAACCUGCCCUUCCAAAUUCACCGUCCAGCUUACUCGAACCAAACACUUCCAGGCGCUUUACGAUCAUCUUUUUCCAAACUUAAGAAGAAAGAUCUCAACUUUGAGCCAGCGCAGCUUGAUUGUUUUGGCUCCUCUUCAUCACCAGCCUCCCAAUUGGAUGUUGAUGCUUGCAAAACAACCACUGAUUCUAUAAAGUCAGAAACGAAAGCUGCUGCAUCUGGAAUUUCUGAUAAGAUUCUUAACAGACUUCCUAAUCUUAUUGGUCGCGCUGAUUCUGCUUCAUUGCCAGUGAAGAAGCCUAAAUAUGUAAACGAGGGCAAUUUUGUCAAACUCAAUAUCAAUGGCUCGGGAAGAAAAUACGGAUACAAGGGGAAAAGAAAGAAGUAUGGCUCCUCCAGUAAUGGCAGAAAAUUCUACAGAAGAAGUAGGGGGGGAUUUAAAGGCAAGGGUCAAGGAAAAGGGGAGGAGGGUGGUGGGGUGUGUGAUGAAGAGGGAUUGGUUGUGGAUUUUAAACAAACAGACGGAAGCUCAAAUGCUGAAGAUGGGUUGGUUCAGGAGGCUGUGAUGAGUGUUAGAAAUGAAGCAUCUGAUGAGAAUCUUUUGAGCUUGCUGAAGUUGGCUUAUGGUCAUGGUUCAUUUAGGAUUGGACAAAUGGAGGCAAUCAAGAAGGUGCUUUCUGGAAAAUCAACAAUGCUGCUUUUGCCAACAGGUGCUGGGAAGUCUCUUUGUUAUCAGUUACCUUCCAUGGUUUUCGAGGGGAUUACUCUGGUCAUUAGCCCAUUAGUUGCCUUAAUGGUUGAUCAAUUGAAACAGCUGCCUGCUGCACUCCCUGGUGGUCUUCUGUGUAGCAGUCAGACACCAGAAGAGGCUUCUCAAACUCUCCAAUCUCUGCAAGAGGGAUCAAUAAAGGUCCUUUUUAUUUCUCCAGAGAGGCUUCUGAGUUCAGACUUCACAUCAUUAUUCUCUAGUGGUCCCCUUAUAUCUCUCGUGGUGGUUGAUGAAGCUCACUGUGUAUCUGAAUGGUCACACAAUUUUCGGCCCUCAUACAUGAGGCUUAGGGCUUCGUUGCUGCGUGAAAAGCUAAAGGCUGAAUGCAUUCUUGCAAUGACUGCAACUGCAACAGCCAAAACAUUGCAUGAUGUAAUGCAUGCUCUUGAUAUCCUCCCCACUAAUCUCAUCCAAACAUCCAAAUUGCGGGACAAUUUGCAGAUGUCAGUAUCAAUGAGUAGCAAUAGGCUGAAAGAUUUAAUAGCAUUGCUCAAGUCUUCUCCGUUCUCUGAUGUUAAAAGCAUCAUCAUUUAUUGCAAAUUUCAGUAUGAAACAGAUCUUGUAUGCAAAUGUCUAUGUGAUAACAACAUUUCAGCUAAGAGUUACCACAGUUCCAUUCCUGCUAAAGAUAGGAGGAGGACACAAGAACUCUUUUGUGCAAAUAAAAUUAGAGUGGUUGUUGCUACUGUGGCAUUCGGAAUGGGACUUGAUAAACAAGAUGUCGGAGCUGUCAUUCAUUACAGCUUACCGGAAAGCUUGGAAGAGUAUGUCCAGGAGAUAGGUCGUGCUGGGCGUGAUGGUAGAUUGUCUUAUUGCCACCUUCUUUUUGAUGAUGACUCCUAUUUUAAGCUGCGUAGUCUUGCUCACAGUGAUGGUGUGGAUGAGUACGCUGUAAACAAAUUCCUCUGCCAAGUUUUUAGCAACAGCUUAAAUGGGAAAUUUUCAUCAAUAGUUAAAGAAAUGGCAUCCCGAAAGUUUGAUAUGAAAGAGGAGGUAAUGCUUACAAUUUUGACUCAACUGGAGCUGGGCAAUGUGAAGUAUUUGCACUUGCUUCCUGAAGUGAAUGUAACUUGCACUUUGAAUUUCCACCAGACUUCUCCAGCACAGCUAGCUGCUAAAGAUAUAGUUGUUGCAGCCGUCAUGAAGAAGUCUGAAAUUAAAGACGGGCAAUAUGUGUUUGACAUACCAAGUGUAGCAAAUAGUAUUGGAUUGCAACCUGCGGACUUGUCAAAUCACUUGCAGACACUAAAGUUUAAGGGAGAAAUUGCCUAUGAGUUGAAGGAUCAGGCUUACUGUUACAAAAUCAUGGAUAUCCCCAAGGACAUUUGUUCUUUGGCAGCACAGGUUACGAGUUGGCUUUCAGAGGUUGAGAGAUGCAAGGUGAGAAAAAUGGAUAUAAUGUUCAAUGCUGCUGUUGCUGCGGUGAAAAGGUGUGAUAAGGUGUAUGGUUGUGAUGGCUAUGACCACACUCCUUGCUUGCAAAGGAAGAUUUUGGAGUAUUUCAAAAGCAAUGAUGAUAUUGAUGUCCCCAACAAUAUGGCUAAAAUCAGCCCAUUUCUGAGAGCAGACAUAAAGGUCUUUUUACAGAGCAACUCACAUGCCAAAUUUACCCCUAGAGCUGUUGCAAGGAUACUACAUGGUCUUUCUAGUCCAGCCUUCUCUUCCACUUUUUGGUCAAAAUGUCACUUCUGGGGAAGGUAUAUUCAGACAGAUUUCAAAGUAGUGAUGGAAGCAGCAAAAGCAGAACUGAUGAGUGUUGUGGGGAAGGAUUUAGUGUGAUUGAUGCCAAUGUUUAACCAAACGACUGUAAGUAAAGAACAAACUUCCCUUUAUUGUGAAGACAGAAGAUUAUUAGAGGCUUUGAUGUUGAAGACUUAAAGUGACUGAAGGAUGUUUUUUAAGGAAUAGUGUCAUAUUCUUUACAGGGAGCCAUUUAUGCUGAAAUUUUGCCCUUCACAAUCUCGUUAAAUAGUGAUGCUAACUCCGAUACCUAUAGGUUUUAGCAUAUGGAUGCUUCGUUUUGGAGCAGUGGAGCUGAUGGCAAUAGAAUAUAUUCCAAAUGGAGGAUUUUGGAAUACGUUGCAAUCUUAUACAAAUGUAUUCAUUGGCAAGGAGUUCUCUUCAUCUUAUUUCCCUCUAACAAUGAAAGUACGAACAAGUUGUAAUCUUACAUUUGAAAUUAAUUUAUAAAAAGUCUUACAGUUGAAAUUAGUUUAUAAAGUAAUUUGUUCUUAUUAGACAAGAAAUUUCUCUAAAUAGGAUUACAGCAAAGCAAAAAAUCCACAAUAUGUUCCUAUUUACCAUCUUCGAAAUUUGUCUCAUGUAGAAGAUACCCCAUGCAUGGGUUUUCGUAAUUGGUGUAUUAGCUGCUGAGGCAGUUUGUUAUUCAAAACAUCAAAGUUCCAAUUUUUUUAUGCAUCAUAUUCUACGUCUUC